UCUUCACACCGCUAUACCAAAAAGCAUUCAAUUUCAUUUCACACAGAUCAAUCAAUCUCACAGACUUCCAAUUCCCUCUUCGGAUCUAUCACCAAUGGCGUUGGAAUGGGUCGUUCUUGGCUAUGCCGCCGCCGCCGAGGCAAUCAUGGUUCUCCUCCUCACGCUUCCAGGCCUUGAUGGCCUUCGCAAGGGCCUAAUCGCCGUCACUCGCAACCUUCUCAAGCCGUUCCUCUCCGUUGUCCCCUUUUGCCUCUUCUUGCUCAUGGACAUCUAUUGGAAAUACGAGACUCGCCCCACUUGCGAAUCGGAUUCCUGUACUCCUUCAGAAUACCUUCGCCACCAGAAAUCGAUCAUGAAGAGCCAACGUAAUGCACUCUUGAUCGCUGCGGCGCUUGUGUUCUACUGGCUGUUGUACUCUGUCACUCAUUUGGUUGUGAAGGUUGAGCAAUUGAACCAGCGUGUCGAGAGGUUGAAGAAUCGGGAUUGAGGAUGGAGAUGGACGGCGAAUCGUGGGUUUUCGAGUAAUUGGGUCUUUUUUUUUUCUUUCUUCUGUUUUGGGAUUUGUUCUUUAAUUUCGGUUUUUUGAUGCUAUAUUAUGGAUAUUGCAGCUCGUUUUGUGUUCCACUCUGAUACUGCUAUUACAUAUUAUGAAACUGAUACGAGUCUUGAAUGUCUUAGCGUCCGAUUUAAAUGUUUGCGGAUUACAAAGUUUUUAUUCAUAUAGCUGGUUUGUGGGACUGGUGAUUAGGGUUUAUGUUUUUGUAAACUCUGUCGUUCUGUUUUCUUAUACAGUGGAAAUGUUAGUGUUAUUUAGUA